AUGUUGUUUGCUAAGGUAGCUUUAACAUUAUGUAUCUUAAUGACAACUGCUUUAUCAGAACUAAGUAUUAAAACUCUGGAUGAAUUAAGUGACAGUAAUGAGUCAAGGCACACGAAUAACUGGGCCGUAUUAGUUUCGACUUCUAGAUUUUGGUUUAAUUACAGACAUAUGGCUAACGUUCUUAGCUUGUAUAGAACAGUCAAGAGGCUAGGUAUACCAGACUCUCAAAUCAUACUAAUGUUAUCAGAUGAUGUGGCAUGCAACCCUCGGAACGCUUUUCCUGGAACUGUGUUUAAUAAUAUGGACCAAGCCAUUGAUUUAUAUGGGGACCUGAUCGAAGUUGACUAUAGGGGAUAUGAAGUAACUGUCGAGAAUUUUAUAAGGCUAUUAACUGAUAGAUGGGAUGAAGAUCACCCUAGGUCCAAGAGGCUAUUAACUGACGAAAACUCCAACAUAUUUAUUUAUCUAACUGGUCAUGGCGGCAACGAGUUUUUGAAGUUUCAGGACGCUGAAGAGAUAAGCUCAUACGAUAUAGCAGAUGCUUUCGAACAGAUGCACGAAAAGAAAAGAUAUAAUGAAAUUUUUUUUAUGAUUGAUACGUGUCAAGCAAAUACAAUGUAUGAGAGAUUUUAUUCGCCAAAUAUUUUAGCCGUUGGAUCUUCAAAGAUAGACGAGUCAUCUUACUCUCACCAUUCUGAUCUAGAUAUUGGAGUUGCAGUAAUAGACCGUUUUACUUACUACACUUUGGAUUACCUUGAGAAGCUAAAUAAAAGUUCAGGCGAAACCCUUGAUAAAUUGUUUGAUGUUUACACAUACGAAAAUGUGCACUCAAAUCCCGGUAUUCGGACAGAUUUAUAUCAGCGAGAUAUUGCUCUGGUACGUUUAACAGAUUUCUUUGGUAAUAUUCAAAACUCUAUUGUCGAUAGUGAUGAAAAUCACAUAUUAUCAGUAUCAAAUCAGAAUGAUAUCGACAGACUCAGGCAUUCAACUGAUACUAGCUCUUCAGUUUUCAAUAAUACACCCAAGAUAAAAGCUAUCGCAUAUAGUGAGAAUGUUAACAAUGAAUCAUACAGUUCUAAAUCCAGAAUAUUUGUGUUAUUAUCUUUCGUUUUGAUCUUCGGCUUGUGGCUCUACGCUAAAUAG